UGCUGCAAAUAUUCGUAAACAAUUAAUAAGCUGUCAGUGAACAGCUGUUCAACUGCAUCCAGAUUUGCUAAAUUAAAAACAUAUAGAAAACUGCAGCAGCAUAUAUAAUGGACCAGUUUGAUAGUGAAAGCUAUUGGAAUCGUUCAUCGAGUCGAGGAUUCAGUUUCGAUGACGAUGAAGAUGUGCAGGGUGCAACUGCUGUUGGCAGUAAUAUAAACGUAAACAAUAUACUCAACGAUUACGAUACUAUCUCAGAAGCGAGCUUCGACAAUAGCGCUGCAGGCAGUGCACUUAAUCUUUCUGUGAAAUCUGUAAUCUCUGAAGAAGCAUUAAAAAUGCUAAUACAAGAACAAACGCUUGAUGAUCGUAUAAUGUCGAAAGGCGUUGCGCCGGAAGAGGAGUUACGUUUGCUACGCAGGCAAAUACAAACGACUUGUUAUAAUCCCUCACCGGAAGCAACGGCAUACAAACUAUUACUUGGCAAAUGUGCGCCUUUGGAGGUAUUUAAGUCUAUGCACGAAAAAGAACAAUUGCUUGAUGCAGUGCUGAAGUGUGGUGGAGGCGAUGCCGUUAUUGGUGUGUUGCUUUUCCUAAAGAAGACAUUGAAUCGCAGGAAUUUUCUAAAAAUACUCGAGCAAAGACCGCAAGCCCUACAAAACUACAUCGGCUACUUGCAACAGCGUCAAAGUCAGGAAGUUGUGGAAGUGCUACAACACUUCGGUAAACAUCAAGAAUCUUCGCUAACACUCUUUAAAACUGCAAUGACAUGUAAUAAUUUGCAGCAACGUAAGCAAAAAUUGCUGCAAUUGCUCGAUCAAUAUAGCGGUGAUAUGGGUGUGGUAAGCGUUUAUUUGCCACACUUCGAAGCAGCACUGAAGCUGCUCGAGUUGAUCGAGAAAGAGCGUAAUGCGCUUGACAAUUUGGUGGACAUAAAUUCGACACCCAUAGAGGUGCUAUAUCGGUGCUGCCGCAAGCACAACAACUGGAAAGAGCAAGAGUUGACUCGUGCCACAUCACCAUUUCGCCUGAGCGCCGAACUACAUAUAUCACCGGCGCAUUUCGAAUGGACUGCUUUGAAUGAGCGCGCAAAUGCGCAGGCCUAUGCUGAUUUGGAAAGUGUUUUCGAACGUGUGCCCGCUUGGCUACCGUUGAAACAAAAGCAAUUUCACAUAAGUUUCUCACUAGAGUUAGCUAUAUUGCGCCUUCACGCAUUGCAAGCGCCCACGAGUGUGCUUUAUAUGUUUCUAUCGAAGAUGAGCAAUACUCCAGAGAAGCUGGAGCUAGCUAAGCGUGUUAAGUGUGUGCGUGCGAUUGUCGAUGCGUUAGCGGGCAUGAAGGACACAAAUCAAUUGACACAAUUAAAGGACACUCUACCGGAACGUUCCGAGGAGCAAUUCUAUUGUGAAAAGGCGCUGAAAACGCUGCAAACAAAGCGUUGGACCACGGAUAACAUUAAUUUGAAAUUGUAGUGCUGCAGAGAGUUGGCAUUGCAGACAACAAGCAAUAAUUCUUUUUUCGUGUGACUUGGAUUGGUUGGCCAGUGAAUUAUAGUCUAGUGAUGAUAAUAAAUGUAAACAAUAUUUUUCCUCGCUGCAGUAAAGUUUCAAAACUUGUUUUCAAAUGUAUGCACAAUUUUUUUACGAAAUUUAUUUUUAUUUAUUUAGGAAAAAACGUUUAUAUUUUUUAUUUAUAAUUCUUGAUAGUUAUUACUAUAUCUUUAUGUUGUUUAUGGUAUGUUUUAUGUAUGAACUUUUUAUUUGCAACUUUUUUUUCGGAACUCCUGCACUUUCCAACACAUAUUUUUUUUAUAAUCAAGUGUAACUGCAUAUUUCCAAGAUCACAAGCUCUCAACGCACACAAACUGUGUGUGUAUGUGUGUGUACAGAUUUGUAUUUUAUUCAGUUACUGUACUCAUGAUUAUUAUUUUUUCAAUUUGAAUUUUUUUAUACAAUACUUUAUAUGCAAAUUAUUUACUAAAUUAUUAUUUGAGUAAAAAAUUUAAAGCAGUUUUAUUUUUGCAAAAUAUUUUAGGCAAAAAAAUUGUUUUUUAAUUUUAAAUACGUUGAAAAAACGUACGCUAAGCAAUUGCAGUUUGACUAUAUAGUUACUAGUUGUUUUUUACUCGUUCUCAUUUAUUUUAUAUUUUAAUUUAUUAGUUGCUAAGCGCAUUAAGCGUAAAGCACAAAUCGCCGGAUAAAGCGAACUUAAAGACUACAUUCAAUUUUUCUUUUAAUUUAAACUUGUUUUCAUCGAUUUUUAUUUACUUUUUACUAACGGUAUAUAUUUAACUAUGUGCUUCAGAAAGUAAUUGGUUAUUUACCUACGUGGUGUUUAUCUUUGGAAUCACCACAGAUUUGAGUUUUUCAUUUUUGUAGUUUGAUAAUGUUUAGUGAGUGCCUUAUACAUGUUUAUGUAGUUGUAUAUAUGUAUAUGAAGUAUUUGAAGGAGAUAAAAUGAAGAUAUGUGAGGAAAAAUAAAAUUUAAUAUGAAAAAUUGAAAAAAAAAUCUGAAUGAAAAUUAACGUUUUGUAGGUGAUUCACUACUGGACGAUUUGUGACAAAAAAAAUAUUUCUAAAAAAAAUAAGAAAAGAUAUAAAAAUAAUAAAAAGAUAAAA